AUGUCUCUCAGCUCGAGCAUUGUGGCUGCCCCGUCUGCCUCCGCCGCCGUCUCUGCUUCUGUCGCGGCGGUGAGUGCGGGGUCUGUUGCGGCCAACAUCCUGGUUAUUGCCCGAGACACUGCAUCGGCCAAUGUUGCGUCCUCUGGCCUUAACGCUUAUGGCAUUCCCUUCACCACUCUUGUCGUGCCGCAGGCUGGAGCUAGCCUGCCUGCGCUCAACACCACCACCGGAGGAAACUUCGGAGGUAUUGUGGUUGCCAGCGAGGUCAGCUACGACUACGGCACCGCGGGCUUCCAGAGUGCGUUGACUACGGACCAGUGGAACCAACUGUAUGCCUAUCAGCUGGCCUAUGGUGUGCGCAUGGUACAGUACGACGUCUAUCCGGGCCCCAACUAUGGUGCAAGUGCCGUCGGAGGCGGAUGCUGUGACACCGGUGUGGAACAAUUGGUGUCAUUCUCCGAUAUCAGCGACUUCCCCACCUCAGGCCUGAAGACGGGUGCUGGUGUCAGCACCAGUGGUCUCUGGCACUAUCCGGCCACCAUCAGCGACACCAACACCACCAAACAAAUUGCCUCGUUUGCCUCCAACUCAGUCGUGUCCAGUGACACGACUGCUGCAGUGAUCAACAACUUCUCUGGCCGGGAGCAAAUGGCGUUCUUCAUUUCCUUCGAUACCACCUGGAGUGCUACCUCCAACUACUUGCAGCACGCUUGGAUUGCCUGGAUUACACGCGGUCUCUAUGCUGGAUACCGCCGUGUUAACCUGAACACUCAGAUUGAUGACAUGUUCCUCGAGACGGACAUCUACUAUCCGAAUGGCACGACCUUCCGUAUCACCCCCGAUGACCUGACGGGCAUCACCAACUGGGUGCCCACGAUCAAUGCCAAGAUGAACGCUGGAAGCAGCUACUACGUCGAGGUUGGUCACAACGGUAACGGCAACAUCGAGGCCUCCGCCAACACCGGUGAUGCCGGUUAUGAUGCCUGCAACGGCGGUGCUAUUGAGUAUGAUUCUCCUCCCGACACUCCUUUGGAGUUCCAGAAGCCGCUUGGAACUGGUACCAACCUCUGGCCCUCUACCCCGACCGCGUACGACUGGACGACCACCUGUACCAAGCUCGAUGCCCUUCUGAAUUGGUGGACCACUUCAUCCAACUUGAACAGCUGGGGUCACAUCUCCCACACUUUCACCCACGAGGAGCAAAAUAACUCGACCUACUCGGAUGUGUUCAAGGAGAUCUCCUUCAACCAGGCCUGGCUCAAGCAGGUCGGUAUCGAUGCCGCUGCGCACUUCACCUCCAACGGUAUCAUCCCCCCGGCCAUUACUGGACUGCACAACGGCGAUGCUCUUCAGGCCUGGUGGGAUAACGGCAUCACCAACUGUGUCGGUGACAACACGCGUCCCGUGCUCCUGAACGCGGACAAUGCGAUGUGGCCCUUGUUCACCACCGUUGCCGCCAACGGCUUCGCCGGCAUGCAGGUCAACCCUCGCUGGGCCACCCGUAUCUAUUACAACUGCGACACUCCGGCUUGCACUGUGCAGGAGUGGAUCGAUACCUCUGCUGGUAGCGGCGACUUCAGUACUCUGCUGGCUACGGAGGAGGCUGACACCAUGCGCCACCUGUUUGGUCUCUACCACGACCCUUACAUGUUCCACCAGGCCAAUCUCCGCAACGCAGACGUCGACCCCAUCACCAUCAACGGCGUGUCGGCGAAGUACUCCAUUUUCCAGGCUUGGGUUGAGACCGUGGUGCAGGAAUUCGUGCGCCUGGUUGACUGGCCUAUCGUUACUCUGAAGCACCAGGACAUGUCCGCUGGCUUCCUCGCUCGUUUCAACCGCGACAAGUGCGGUUACGCUCUCAGCUACGCCAUCGCGAACAAGCAGAUCACUGCGGUGACUGUCUCCGCCACCGGCAACACCUGCAGCGAGCCGGUCCCCGUCACCUUCCCUGUGGCGCCCACCAGCACCCAGGGAUUCACCACCGAGCAGGUGGGCAGCGACCCCCUGACCGUGUGGGUGAAGCUGUCGGGCUCGCCGGUGACCUUCACUCUCUCCACUCCCAUCGCGUUGUAA